CUCAACAUACAACCAGCAAUGCUCGCCGCUCCAUUGCGUCUCGGCUCAAGAUCAGCGGUCAAGACCCCGGUGGCCUCCGCUAAGCGCAAUGUUCACGAUAUCAUGAUUUCGCGAACGGGCAAGCCGAUCAUCCGCCAGGGUGGUGGUGGUCGUUCCUCCCUUUCCGGUCACACCGCUACCGUCUUCGGCGCUACUGGAUUCCUCGGCCGUUACAUUGUUUCCAAGCUCGCCAAGCAGGGUACCACCGUCGUUAUCCCAUGGCGUGAUGAGGAUGCCAAGCGUCACUUGAAGGUCUCCGGAGACUUGGGUCAGGUUGUCAUGCACGAAUUCGACUUGCGCAACACGGAAUCCAUUGAGUCCGCUGUCCGUCAUUCCGACAUCGUAUACAAUUUGAUUGGCCGCGACUGGGAAACCAAGAACUUUAAGUUCCACGAUGUCCACAUCGACGGAGCUGCCAGAAUUGCUGAGUCCUGCGCCAAGUACGACGUCGACCGCUUGGUUCACGUCUCCGCUUUGAACGCUGACGAGCACUCCCCCUCCGAGUUCUACAGAACUAAGGCGCAAGCUGAGAAUAUCGUCAGGGGUGUCUUCCCUGAAGCCACUAUUGUUCGUCCCUCAACAAUGUACGGUGCUGAAGACCGCUUCCUUAACGUCCUCGCUUCCAAGACCACGCACUUCAGCUCCAAUUCGCAGAAGGCGAUCGUCCGCCCAACUCACGUUGCCGACGUCGCUGAGGCUUUGGAGUACAUGAUGCACAAUGACUGGACCGCCGCUCAGACGUUCGAGCUUUACGGCAAGGAGGAGCUUUCCGUGGCUGAGGUUGCCGAGAUGGUCCGCCGGGUUACCUUGAAGAAGCACAGGAACUACAACAUCCCCUCGCCCAUCAUGAAGCAGAUUUGCAAGGUGUUGGAGCUUGCCUGGUGGCCAAUCUACUCACCUGACCAGGUCGCGAGGGAGUUCAUCAACGACACCCCUACUCAGGGAGCGAAGACGUUCGCGGAUUUGGGCAUUACGCCGGCGGAGUUCGAGCACACGAGUUUGACAUAUCUGAGAUCUUACAGGUCGAACCUUUACUUCGACCAGCCGAUGGACGCGAGUGAGCUUGGCAAGUUUAGGAAGGGUGAGGUUCACGUUGUGGACUAAACGGAGGGAGAUAUACCAAAAGGAACGUGCACACCAUAAUGAGU